CUCACGCCUGUGAGUUGCUAGGAAACGUCGUAACAACAAAUUAUUUGGACACACUGGGAAUAGCAGCAUGGCUUCCAGUUUCAGUGCAAACCAGUAUGAUUCUGCUUUUAAUCCUUCAAAACUUCAAAACUGGACAGUACCAAAAAAGCACAAAGAGCGCCCAUCAACCCUGGAAGGAUUUGCCCAGUUCAUUGCUGAUGAUCGAGGACACCUUCUGUCAAGCUGUCCCCGUUCAAAGGUAAACCCAUGGGGUACAUUCAUGGGGACAUGGGACAUGCCUUUGAAGAUCCCACCAUCACGAGUAAACUAUACUGCCCGCUCUGCUGAUUCAGCAGAACGCCUGAGAUGCUGGAUUCAUGACUCACCUCUGAAUUCUGCUAGCAAUGGACCAUGUCUUGAAAGCAAAGAGAUUCAUGACAAGUUAUCUAGAACUUCCAAAGACGGUAUAAACAAAACAUCCAAACCAUCAAGCAUAAUCCAGUUGCAACAAUGUUCUUCAUUUAACCCUACAACAGCAGAUGUCAAGGCAAAGGAAAUACAAGUGACAGGAUCUCCAGCAGAUAUGAGGCCUACCUCUGAAAUGCAGAAAGCUUCGUCGAGAAAUGCUCCACCAGUCCAGACAACACCAACGAACAGCCCAAGCCCAAGAGCCAUUUCAGAAAAACAGGGUUGCAGGCAUGGAUCUAGAAUAGGGGUGACAAGCCAUUCUGAGUUAGUUAGGCCUAGAGACAGCAUGCAAGAUACUGGAGAAAUAGGUUAAUUGCUGCAAAAAGGACGAGCAGCAGAUAAUGGUUAAAUGAAACAUAACACUUGUUUUUACAACCUCUUCGAUCUGACACCAGUCUUCACCAUUUAUAAUGCAACAUGUUAUGCAUAAAUGUAUUUCCUUUUUCACUUUAUAUUAAAAUUGGUUUGGUUUCAGCAAUGUUUAAGAAUAUGAGCACUAAAAAUAUUGAACUGUUUGAAAAAUGUGGGAGUAGACAUUUUAAUAAAGGUUUCUUACAACCUUUUUAAGGUUUAAAAUUUU